ACGUCUCUCUCUCCCUCACAUCUCUCCGCGCCGUCGUCGACGUGAGGAGCGCCAUCUCCAUCCCGCGUUUUUCCUCCUUCGUCCUCCCCUUCUGCAGCCCAAGCCACGACCUAUCUUGUGUGCCAUUGUUUGCCUCCCCGUCGGGACCAGGCAGAGGAGGAGCAGUGCGAGCCAUGGAGAUGACGAGGUGGUCGAGCUGCCUGUGGCACCGUUGCCGUACCUCACGGCCCAGCUGGAGGUGUGUCGGCCGCAAAGACGGUAGAGGUCUCAUCCGCUCGCUCUCUCGCUGUCAUAGGAGUGCGCGUAGGGGGAGUGGCAGGUCAAGAUCCGGAGACGGCGGCGCAUCGACCAUUCCCGUGAGGCCCGGCGGCGAGCAGAGCUCCUAUUGCUGAGCGGAGAGGGGUCGAGGGGCGCUCCGGAUCUGGAUCCGGGCGAGGUGGCAGCCAUGGCCGAGUUCGAGCUGCUUGGUGUCCCUGAGGGCGCCUCCUUCAACGAGAUCCUGCGCACCCCGUCGUCGCCUCUUGCAAGGAUGACCCAGAUGCCGUCGCCCAGGUCCCUCCUCCCUCCUCCCUCCUCCCAAACUUCUCCUCCACUCCAUAUUGUCCCCUUUCCACGUUUGCUUAUUGUUCAACUGAAUCAUUCGUUAGAAGGAUCCUUUGAUUGUCCCCAGAAGUUGCUAAUUUAGGAGAACAAGUCGCCUCCAUCAAAUUGGAAAUGCAUGAAUGGCGACGUAUGUAUGAUGCAUCUUACUUUCUCAUGCCCAAACGCAAAAUUAAUCUACUUCCAUACACGGCGAGGAAAAGCAAAGACCUGAUCAUCAGUAAUUUGGGCAAUUUGGUGCACAGUUGUUCGCAUGUGAUGUAUCAGGUCUGUUAAAAUAGUCUACUUUUGGCAUUAAGUGUGUUAGCUUAUAGUGGUAGCAUGAUUUGAGGAGGAGGAGCGAGGUCGAAAGAUGGCAGCCAGUCCGACCACGUCCUCUCUUCAUUCCUUUCUCCCUUUCGAUCUUGGAUUUGAUCUAGAUGCCGCCGUCGCCGUGGUUGCCUCGCCGUCGUGGCUCAGGAGACGAUGCGCCGUCUCGCGGCUGGACCGGAAAGGGAAGUGACCAGAGACACAUCUUCUCCUCUCCUUGGCAGCAAUGCAGGCAGGCGACGAGGAGGCUUGCAAUGAACAUAGAAGACAAAACAGAGAAGAGAGACUACAUGUUCUUGCAAGAUGCAGUCGUGCUGCUGACAGAAACAAUUUUAUCUCAAGUGGAUGCAGAUCAAUCUGGGAGGAAUUAUCAGGCACACGACCAGCGAGCGGUGGCAGAAGCAACUUCUCCAUUAGACUACAUGACAGUGUUGGUUCUCAGAAUGUGAAGCUCACCUGCAUGCACUUCGGCUAGUUCUAUGAAGCAAAAUGCAAAGAAGGGUUGUAAAGCAGCAUGUUUAAUUAUUACUUGGCAUAGGGGAAGGGAAGUGGUUUCUCUCUGUCGAGGAGGACAAACAGAGAUAGAGGAGGCAGAUAUGAUAUGCUUGGCAUUAUGCUGUGACGAUAGUGGGCCAUGGAUCUGGAUGUGGAGGUCAGUGGCAGUAUCGAUGCCUUUUUCCUCUUCUACUCGAUUCCUUGACCUGUUUCCUUUCACUAUUAGAUUGUGAAAGUCCAUGUUAGUUCGUGUCAAGAUGAGCGGCCAUUCCUGCUGACAUUGUGUCAACUAGAUGGUUGUAUUCUUAAAACUUAUCAAUCAAUUGGAGUAGGUUUCUAUAAUUGUUUUCCCUUUAGAAGUUUUUAACCUGCUUAAUGAUUAUUGUUCAGAAUUAUAGGUGGUCUUUUGUCAGAGACCGCUUGAUGGUUUGGUUGGGACUGUAUGAAUUAGCCUAUUCUUGGUGGCAACUAAUUAGGCCUCGAUACUGUGAAUCAGUAGACACUUGCAGCAUGACUGUUUUUUUAACUUCCGGACAUUUUUAUUCAUGUGAAAACUACUUUGUUUGGCGAUACACUAAUUCAGAAUAUUCAUGCUUCAAUUCAUCAUGAAUUUUAUUCCUCUAUCCUUUUUUAUGUGUACUAAUGUUUCUUUUUCUCUAUCCUUUUUCAUGUAUACUAAUGUGUCCUUAUUUAGUGCAAUGUCGAGGUUUCCUCCAUGCUUCCAUACAAUGUCGAAGGACAGCGGAUGUUGUAGUCUGUUCAUCCUGGAUAGUACUGAGGAUGAAUACAAACUUAUAUGUAAUUAGCUGGUGCUUGCUUUACUUAAGACGGCCACUGUUGCACGUCUGAUUUCUUGCUUGGUCUUGUACAUGUCUACCGUGUUGUUGUUAAAGUUUCUGAUGUACACUUGUUCCAGCCACAAACAUGGAAGCAAGUUGUUCCUAUAAAUCCAUGAUACCCACAAACAUUUUU